AUGGGUGACACAUUUGAUAUAAAGCACUUGGUCAUAAUAACGGCGGGUAUUGAUACAUCAGCAGUGACACUAGAAUGGGCCAUAUCCAAUCUCCUCAACCAUCCCCUUAUGUUAAAGAAAGCUAGAGCUGAACUUGAUGCUCAACUUGGAAAUGAACACUUGGUGGACGAACCGGAUAUCUCUAAACUACCCUAUCUGCAAAGUAUCAUCUCCGAGACCCUCCGAUUAUACCCCGCAGCUCUAUUGCUACUGCCACAUUUUUCAUCAGAUGACUGCAUGAUUGAAAGAUUAAACGUGCCACGUGACACAAUGGUAUUGAUCAAUGCAUGGGCCAUCCAUAAAGACCCAAUGUUGUGGGAUGAUCCUGCAAGCUUUAAACCCGAGAGAUUUAAGAGUGGUGAGGACUUGUCACACGACCUGAUGCUGUUCAGACUGGGAAGAAGUAUUGAGAGAUCUAAACCAGAAAUUUCAGAUUCUCUCAAUGCUGCUGGUGCAUCUAUAUCUGAUCGUGAUCUCAUUGCAGCAACAUUUCAUGGUAUUCCUGAUGAAUUCGAGUCAUUUAUGAACUCUAUCAUGCUGCGAUUGUCUUCUACCUCUCUUGAUGAAUUGCAUGGUCUGUUGCUGACAAAAGAGAUCUCCAUGGCUCGUCGCAAGCAAACUCUGUCCAUUGCUGCUACUGAGCCUUUUCAGGCCCUCUCUGUCUAA